CUGAUAUAAGAACUGCUGUAGCAGUGUCCGUCAAAUACAAAUAAACAAAAUAGAAAAGACAAAGAUGGAGAAGGGAAAAGGAGUGAUGGGGUCCGGCCGGAGAUGGGCCGUUGAUUUCUCCGACAAUUCGACGGCUCCUUCCUCUCGUGACAUCCCCGAUCCUCCCGGCUUCUCUCGUGCCUCUGUGGAUCAGGACGAUUCGGCUGUCAGUCGCCAAAAGAAGGAUGCUGAAGCCAAUUGGAAAGCUCAGAAAGCUUGGGAAGUGGCACAAGCACCUUUUAAGAAUUUGCUAAUGAUGGGCUUCAUGAUGUGGAUGGCUGGAAGUACAGUGCAUCUAUUUAGCAUUGGUAUCACUUUUUCAGCACUUUGGCAACCUAUUAGUGCUCUUCAAGGGGUUGGGAAGGUUUUUGAGCCUUACAAAGACAAUAAAGUAGAUCUUCUUGGGCCUAAGUUGCUUUUCAUUGCCCUUAAUUUGGGUGGUUUAGCACUUGGUGUUUGGAAGCUUAACACUUUGGGGCUUCUUCCAACACAUGCAUCAGACUGGGUGUCAUCCUUACCCCCUGCUCAGGAGGUAGAAUAUUCGGGUGGGGGUAUUCCUCUGUGAUAUACGUGGUUCGUUCAUCUUCGAUUCUCUGACCAAUUUCUGGAGGUGGCGAGCGGAAGUAACUUAUGAAGACUGGCGGAACUUGGAAGUUUAUGUUGAUUUCUUCUCAAGAUGGAGAAGAACACCACCUUAGAUUUUAUCUUAAAAUUUUAUGGACUGUGUAGCUGUAGUAUGGCUUGAUUAAGAGACUUAGCUUUGUUUGUAUUUCAGAUGAUUAGCUACUGGAUUAACGUCCAAAAUCUAAAAUUAUGUUCCAAGGUAACAUUUUUUUUCUGGUUAUUGGGGUGAUAUAAUUCUUCUUUCUUCAAA